AUGCAAGAAUUACCAGGCCUUACGUUUAUGAGUGAAAUUUUAGCGUCAAAACUCUUUUUAAACUGUUUUAAAUGGCGAAGUGAUACGUUUAAAUGUUUGUCUCCUGGUCAGCUGUUCCAUAUAUAUGGUUUCCACCCCUGGGAAAGGCUUGAUGCAUCCCAGUUUUUAAAGAUUUGCCCCAUAUUGGUGCAGCAGCUAGACAGCCACAUGUGCCAUCAAGAAGACCAUACUCAUGGGGAGGAAUCUGUUCAAAUUGAACAGCAUGGUGGAUUCGCUGCUCCAUUAAUUGUAUGGGGUUACGGUUUUCUUUCAAUCACCGUUAUCAGUGCCGUUUCAUUGAUGGGUAUUAUGACGGUUCCCUUGACGAGACGAUAUCCCAAGCUGUAUAAACGUGUUCUGUCAUACCUAGUAGCGUUGGCUGUCGGUUCUCUUUCGGGCGACGCAUUGCUGCAUUUAAUACCACAUUCUUUUGAUAGCCAUGACGAUGGACCAUCAUCUCACAGUCUUGAUCCAGUUUAUCGAGGAUUAAUAGUUUUAUUUGGAAUCUAUUUUUUCUUCAUGGUUGAGAGGAUAAUGAAUCUCGUAAAUGGAAGAAAGAAAAAACGGAAAAAUCGCAGGAAAUUUAAAGGCAAAUUUUGGAUAUCUUAUCAGAGUGAAUCAGUUGGUGCUAAACUUAACAAGCAUGAGGAAAGGUACAACUCAUUGCAGUACAUACAAAUGAUAACGGUGCACAAAGGUACAGGUGAAACACACAGCUACAUCCAAAAGCCUGAAAAACAAGACGAAGAGAAGUGUAGUCAAAACCAUAACCAUGAUGACCAUCACCAUAGUGAUCAUCACCAUGACACCCACCAGCAUAGCGAUCAUCACCCUGAUGGCCAUCAUGACAGAGAUGAGGAAGCUGAAGAGAACCAAGGUCACCAUGGGCACAGUCAUAAUCAUGGUGAUAUAAAGAGUCAGAACAUUGCCUCGGUUGCUUGGAUGGUCAUCAUGGGAGAUGGUCUACAUAAUUUUAGUGAUGGCUUAGCGAUUGGGGCUGCCUUUGCUGGCAGUAUUACAGCUGGGCUUAGUACAACAAUUGCUGUAUUUUGUCAUGAACUUCCACAUGAAUUAGGUGACUUUGCAAUCCUGCUUUCGUCCGGGAUGAGAGUGAAGCAAGCGGUCAUGUACAGUCUUGUCUCCUCUAUAUUGGCGUACAUUGGUAUGUGUAUUGGUGUGGCGCUAGGCAACAUUGAAUCUAUGAGUUCGUGGCUUUUUGCAUUAGCUGGUGGAAUGUUUUUAUACAUUGCCCUGGUUGAUAUGCUUCCGGAGAUGGCAAAUGCGGCAUCCACCAAGGACGAAAGUCAGUGCUGUCACCUAUUGCUACAGAACCUUGGCUUUCUGACAGGAAUUUCCAUCAUGUUAGCAAUAGCCAUGUUUGAAGAAGAUCUGUUGGUCGCGUUGGAGUGA